GGCGAACCACCGCCCGGCAGUCAGUUGACGGGCUCUCUCCACGGCGCACGCAUGAUCGCCGGAGCGGAUUUACGGAGCAGCAGAUGAUCGUGCGCUUUCAUUUUCACACAGUCUUUGUUCGCGAAUCCGCACUGACUCGAGUGGAGUGUGUGCCCAUAAAACGCGUUUAACAUACCCCUGAUUAAAAAUACAAUAUCUUGAAGUGAAGUGAAAAACCUUAAAGGAUCUCCCAAACGAUCCUGAUCUGUGCCAAAAUGCAAACCCAAAUGCAAUCCCCAAUGCAGUAUGAGAGUCACAUCUCCGACACCCACAAAACUUACGCCCGCCUACCAGAAGAGGCUGAGAUGAACAGCACUACGGAAAGUUGUUCCAUCUCGUCGACAUGCUGCGGUCGGUUCGGAUCGGUGCACUCGACGUUAGAUGACCACGAUGCUACGGACGACGACAUGACCUUCUGCAUGUCCAACUACCCCAAGGAAGCCCUCAAAAUGAUGUUCAUGAUGCGGUCGCACGGCAUGCUGACGGACGUUGUCCUCGAGGUGAAGAAGGAGCUUUUCCCUGCCCACAAGGUGGUGCUGUCCGCCGCAUCACCCUACUUCAAGGCCAUGUUCACGGGAGGACUUAAGGAGUCGGAGAUGUCGCGUGUCCAGCUCCAGGGGGUGUGUCCCACGGCUAUGUCCCGCAUCCUGUACUUUAUGUACACCGGCCAGAUACGUGUGACUGAAGUAACGGUGUGCCAACUACUGCCCGCGGCCACUAUGUUCCAAGUGCCAAACGUUAUCGAUGCCUGCUGUGCCUUUCUGGAGCGCCAGUUGGACCCUACGAAUGCCAUUGGCAUCGCCAACUUUGCCGAGCAGCACGGAUGUGUGGAGCUGCAAAAGAAGGCGAAUGUUUUUAUUGAGCGGAAUUUUACACAGGUGUGCCAAGAGGAGGAGUUCCUCCAGCUUUCGGCUUAUCAGUUGAUAGCCCUGAUCCGAAGAGACGAACUGAAUGUGCAGGAGGAGCGAGAGGUCUAUAAUGCUGUCCUUAAGUGGGUUAAAUACGACGAGGACAAUCGGCACUGUAAAAUGGAACACAUACUGGGCGCCGUGCGUUGCCAGUUCCUUACGCCAAACUUCCUCAAGGAGCAGAUGAAAAACUGCGACGUACUGCGAAAGGUGCCCGCCUGUCGGGAGUAUUUGGCCAAGAUCUUUAAGGACUUAACGCUGCACAAGUGUCCAGGUGUAAAGGAACGGACACCGAACACAACGCGCAUGAUUUUUGUGGCUGGCGGCUUUUUCCGGCAUUCACUGGACAUUUUGGAGGCCUACAAUGUGGACGAUAUGACGUGGACGACACUGCCAAAUCUGCGCAUUCCCAGGUCCGGACUUGGUGCCGCCUUCCUCAAGGGAAAAUUCUACGCGGUUGGUGGCAGAAAUAACAACAUUGGCUCCUCCUACGACUCGGAUUGGGUUGAUCGUUAUAGUGCCGUCAGUGAGACGUGGCGACCCUGUUCCCCGAUGUCCGUGCCACGCCAUCGAGUGGGCGUGGCCGUUAUGGACGAGCUAAUGUACGCCGUGGGUGGAUCCGCUGGCAUGGAGUACCACAGCACUGUGGAAUACUACGACCCGGAACGAGAUCGCUGGACUCUCGUACAGCCGAUGCACGCCAAACGCUUGGGUGUCGGGGUGGUAGUGGUGAAUCGCCUGCUUUAUGCGAUUGGAGGUUUCGAUGGAAAUGAGCGUUUGGGCAGCGUGGAGUGCUAUCAUCCGGAAAACAAUGAGUGGAGUUUCCUGCCACCUUUGCAAACAGGUCGCAGUGGAGCUGGUGUGGCUGCAAUUAAUCAGUACAUCUACGUGGUUGGCGGUUUUGAUGGAACUCGACAACUGGCCACCGUGGAGCGCUAUGAUACCGACAACGAUACCUGGGACAUGGUGGCGCCAAUCCAAAUCGCACGCAGUGCUCUCUCGCUGACUCCGCUGGACGGAAAGCUGUACGCAAUUGGCGGAUUCGACGGCAAUAAUUUUCUGUCCAUCGUUGAGGUCUACGAUCCGCGAACGAACACCUGGACGAAAGGAACGCCACUAAAAUCGGGACGAUCUGGUCAUGCGUCGGCUGUUAUUUAUCAGCCAGCUUGUUCCACUACUUCAAUGGACUACGAAGAGAGCGAGGCACCGCAGCCAGAUGGAAGUAAUGACCGCGGGGGGGAAGGUAAUACAUCGCAAAAUCCCUACGGAAGUGGAAGUCCACAUUAUCCCGGAACCCCACCUAAUAUGCAGUUUCACACUUCAUUCGGGACGAGCGGCUGCAACAAUUGUGACUCCGAAGUAGACGUGAAGUCAGAAACCUCAACAGAACGACAUAGUUUUCAAAUUCCCGCCAUCAGAUCAGAGGAGCUAAGCAAUCCGAAUUGCCCCUGGUCCAAAAUGAGUGAUAAAUGGCGAAGAACUCCACCAUUAUCUUUCUCGGAGAAAGAGGGAAACUCAUUAAAUAUCCAUAAAUUCGAUAAAGCGCGAAAGGCAUGCAUACUAAGUACAGCAGCCAAAGUUAUCCACAAUCACAUCGAAGGUCGACUCCGAAAACUCGCUGCAGCCACAUGACAAUAAGAAUCUAAGCCUAACGUUUAGCCACAACCAAAAACAUCAUUCAUUGUACAAAACUUGUUCGCAUCCCCUAGAAUUCCAUGUUGAGAAGGAUCAUUCCAUAAAAAAUAAUGCUAGUGUGUUCGCUAGGUGAUAUUUAGUCAAACAGUUCUUAUGGCAUCCAUAACAUUAACUGGCGCUCGUUAGCCCAUUUUAAAAAGAGUGAUUAGGGUUAAUAGUUGAUUAGUGGAAGAAAAGUGUCGUAUUUUAUGUAUUUCGUAGGUCCAUACUUAUAACUUGCGUAUUGUACUUUUUAGAGUAGGUUUAUCAAAGGAAUUAUGUGCAUCCAUAAUAAUUUAUAAGAAACAUAAUAAGUAUAAGAAAAAUAAUAAUAAAAAAACCUUUACAAAAUUCAACAAAAAAGGUAAUUUAAAUUGGAACUUCUGGUACGAUAUGUGGAAUAUUAAAUUAUAAUUAAAUAGUCUAGAAAAAAAUUAUCAAUUGUAUAUUAAGGUAAAUAAAAAACAUCACUAUUCUUGCACAAAAAAUUGAACUACUAAGGCCCAUUAGACUGACUCACCGUGAAAAAGUCGUUUAUUAUAAUUCAAAAAUUUGUUUUAUUGUAAUUUAACGACUAUUCAUGUAAUUUGUUAAUAAACAAAUGUCUUAACAAGCUGUAGAUUAAA